AUGGCUUCCCAGGCCGCAAAGUCCAUUCCAGUGCCUCAAGUCCCAAUACACGAAGAGUACAAACCCCUCUUCGCUUCCAUCAACGCCUUCGUCCACAACUACAUGUCAAAAUACGACAACUCGCACGACUACAACCACAUUCUCCGCGUCGUCUCAAACGCAAACCGCAUUCUUCAAGCCGAGCUCGUUCGCGACCCCUCCGUCAGCUACGACACCACAGCCCUCUUCCUAGCCGCCCUCCUACACGACGUAGGCGACCAUAAAUACGUCAGACCAGGCCAAAAAGCCGAGAGGCAAAUUUUGGAUAUCUUGAAGGACCAUGGUUCAAACUACGAACUGGCUGUGGUGGUAGACAAUAUCGUUAAUCACGUCUCCUAUUCACACGAGAUACGCGAGCCUGUUAUCACCGCGGGAGUUUUAGCAGCGUAUCCUGAAUUGGCAAUUGUACAGGAUGCGGAUCGUCUUGAUGCUAUCGGUGCGGUGGGUAUCGGGCGCUGUUUUUCCUAUGGAGCGGCUAAGAUGCCGGGGGAGCCUAUGGAUAGGGCGAUUGAGCAUUUUGAGGAGAAGCUGCUCAAGUUGGAGGGGAUGAUGAAGACGGAGACGGGGAAGCAGAUGGCGAGGAAGAGGACUGAGGUACUGAGGAAUUUUGCGAGGCAGUGGGAAGAGGAGACGGAGUUGAGUUUUGAGGUCUUGCAAUAG